CCAGCGGUUGCCAUGGCGGCGCUGGGAGGAAGGCUGGCAGCCAAAGUUCUGCCCGAGGAAGGCCUGGUUGCUACGGGAACCAGGCUAACAGCCACAGGCCGCGGAGCCCCUUUUGCCUGCCUGCCAGGAAGGAAGGAAGGAAGGGAAGAAGGGCCUGGGGGGCUGCCCUAGAGGAGGAGGUGGCGGCAGCAGCAGCAGCAGCAGCAGGUGGUGGUGGUGGUGGUGGUGGAAGGACCUGAGCCAAAGGCUCUUAAUCCAAGAUGCUAACAGGUGGAGUCCAGAAACCUCUGGGUCCCUACAAGUUACAUGAUGGAUUUCAAAGCAAAGUGGUGGCACCUCGCAAUCCAAAGCUGGUCAGAGAAGAAAAGAAGAAGGAUGCCCCCCUAACACCAUCUGCUUUCCUGAGAGAAAUGUCUCUUACGACAGAGCAGAAGCUGGCGAACACCCGUGAAAUGCACCUGCCUCGCAUUGUUCAGCUUUUGGACAUGAGUGAAACCUCGCACCAGAAGUUCUCCUCAGUUGAUUUGGACCAGAGUCUGUUCCAGCCAUUCCCAUCAGAAGUCAUUUUCCAGAAUUAUGUCCCUUGUGAGGUCUAUGAAGUGCCAUUGAUUCUAAGGAAUAAUGACAAGAUUCCCCGGCUGGUGAAAGUGGUUCUGGAGAGCUCACCUUACUUCAGAGUUAUUAGCCCUAAUGAUGUGUGUAACAAAGUUGCACCUGGCAUGCCCUCGACAUUCCGCAUCCUCUUCACUCCUGAAGAGAACAAGGAUUAUAUCCAUGAAGUGACCUGCAUUACUGAAAGGGAAAAAUUUAUGGUGCCUAUCCGAGCCAUUGGUGCCAGGGGCAUUCUGGACUUCCCAGACCAGCUGAAUUUCUCCACUUGCCCAGUCAAGUAUAACACCCAGAAAACGGUGCUUGUUCGGAACAUUGGGAACCGAGAAGCCCGCUACCGGAUCACCACGCAGCGACCUUUCAGUGUGGAGCCGUCCAUUGGGACCCUCGGCAUAAGCGAGACCACACAAUUCACAGUUGAGUUUGAGCCAGAGAAGGUUGGCAAUCACGCCAAGGACCUUGUGGUGCACUAUGACACAGGAGAGGAUAUUCAUGUCAGCUUAUAUGGAGCGGCUGCAGAUGUCAACGUGAGGCUGGACAAGAACUCCUUGACAGUUGAAAAGACGUAUAUCACUUUAGCCAACCAGAGGUCGGUGGUUAUUCACAACCGGAGUGAGAUCAUUGCCCAUUUCCAGUGGAAGACUUUUGCAACACAAGGAGAGGAGGAGCAGAAGAAACACACGCUGUGCCAUGCCUUGCAGGCGGAAGAAGAGGGAAUCCUUGAUCAGUUUCUGGAGGAAUGCAGCCUGAAUCCUGCUUUCCAGGAGCGCCUCUCCAUUGUCACCCGCACCUUCCAGAACCGCCAGGCCAGGGUGCACGAAGACGCCAUGCUCUUCGACAACAACAUCUUCACCAUUGAGCCGCUGCAGGGAGAUGUUUGGCCCAAUUCCACAACUGAAAUCAGCGUGAUCUUCAGGCCGCAAGAAGCUGGGGUUUAUCACCACACCGUGUACUGUGACAUCUCAGGCCGCGAGAACAGACUCCCUCUGCGCAUCAAAGGAGAGGCCAUGGGUCCCAAGUUAAUCUUCAACUUUGACCAGCUGGACAUUGGGAAGAUUUUUGUGGGAUCAGUCCACAGUUAUGAGGCUGUCCUGUCUAACAAAGGAGCGAUUGAUGCCCUCUUCAACCUGACGUGGCCAACGACAGCCCUGGGCUCCUGCUUCACCUUUCAUCCCAACGAAGGCAUCAUUGAGCCAGGUGGCCACCAGGCCAUUCAGAUCACCUUCAGCUCCACCAUCCUGGGACAGUUUUUCGAAGAGUUCAGAUUCAAUGUGAAUGGCGCUCCCCAGCCUGUGAGCUUAGUGGUUAGGGGCUAUGUUAUUGGACCAACAUUUCAUUUCAAUGUCCCAUCCCUCAAUUUUGGAGAUGUCUCCUUUGGUUUUUCUCACACCCUGUCCUGCUGCCUCAGCAACACGUCUUUGGUGCCCAUGACCUUCAACCUUCGUGUCCCAGGAGAUGGCCACGGAGUGCCCAGUGUCAGGAGUAAAAUCCAAGUUGGUGACAUUUCAAGGGCGAGCUGGAGGAAGGCGAGCUUUGGAGGUGCAAAGCCCAAGGAGUUCACCAUCACCCCCAACCAUGGCAUUGUCCGUUCACAGGGACUCAUGGACAUCCAGGUGACCUUGUGUUCCAACACUGUGAAGACAUAUGAGACGGCCCUGGUCGUGGACGUGAAGGGCAGUGGAGAAGAUGUCCUGGCACUUCCCAUUUCAGCCAGGUGCAUUGCACCUCAGCUGCAUGUGGCUGAUCCCACCGUGAACUUUGGCCGCUGUUUCCUGCAGUACCCCUAUCAGCAAAUGGUGAAGCUUGUGAAUGACAGUGACCUCCCAGGGUGCUACUGUGUCCUUCCCCAGGAAUACGAGAAGAGCCCCCCAAUCCUGCACUCUAGCCCCACACCUUCCGGUAUUAUCCAGCCUCAUGAUGUGGUUGACAUUCCCUUGGUGCUGGAAGUUCAGGAGAGAGGGCAGCAGGCGGUGACGGCCUCCAUCGCCAUCUUUGGGAGUGAAGACCUCCCACUGAUGAUCCAGCUGGUGGUUGUUGGAGAAGGCCCUGUCGUUUAUGUGCAUCCUGCUAAGCUAGAUUUUGGCAGCAUCCAAGUUUUAGAAGAUACUUCUAGGGUUCUCUACCUUUCUAAUCAGUCGCUUAUCUCUGCCCCAUUUGAAGCCCAGAUGGCCCGCAGACACUCACUGUGGAGGAUUGAGCCCAACCAAGGGAUUGUCCCUCCCGAGUCUGAAACAGCACUCACUCUCGUCGCAAACCUGGAUGACACGGUGCUCUUCCAAGACUGGGUCAACCUGGCCAUCAAGAACAGCAAUUCCUACACUAUCCCCGUCCAGGCCACUGGCAUCGGGACCACCAUCGUCACUGACAAGCCCUUUGCUCCAGCCAUCAACCUGGGACCCCAUUUCAGUUUGGACCCCUGCUGCUAUCGCUUCAUGAUCACCAACUGUGGGCGUCGCACCCAUCAGCUCUACUGGAUGACUGAAGGCUUCCAGCCAUUUCGCCCGCAGAACAGUCUUCCCGCCAUCAACACAAAUGCAAAAAGCAAGAACUCCCGUUCCAGGGCUCAGCCCCAAACUCCGACGUUUAAGCUGCAGCCCUUGAGGAUGGAACUGACCCCGGGGAAGUCCAUGGAGAUGGUCCUGGAAGGAUCUUCUGACACUCCUAAGGUAGUGAAGGAGAGGCUGCUGUGUCAUGCCAUCAUAGGGAAGCAGUCUGGGAAGGAGCUCAUUAUGAAGGUGGAUGUCCUUUGUGAAUUCAUUGCACCCAUCCUACAGAUUUCCUCCAAAGAGAUCACUUUCCGAGUGGAAAAGAACCCCACCGAUGUCUUGACGGCACAAUACGAGCUUCUGACCUUGAAGAAUAUUUCCUCUCUCCCGCUCAGAGUCCUCCUCUCCUUGCAAGAGCCCUUUGCCCUCUGCGACACGGACCAUGAGAUGCUGCCAGCACCCGAUCAGCCCUUACUGAUGGAUGUUGGGGAGAUGUAUCACCUCUGCAUCAGGUUUGACCCCCUCUAUAGAGAUGACCUGUGCAGUCGAGUGGCAGAGGAUCUCCUGACGAUGCGUUACCUCGAACACCCCCAUGUGGACCACAUCAGCCUCCGGGGAGAGGUGCACUUCCCAAACCUUCACUUCCAGACUAUGGAUCUGAAUUUUGGCUGCAUCUUGAAUGACACAGAAGCGGUCCGUAAUGUCACAAUGACCAACUGCAGCCCCCUUCUUGUCAAAUACCGCUGGUCCUUCCUGACUGAUGACCUUGAGAUGCAAAUCAGGUUCAGCCCCAGAGGGGUGAAGCCUCUCCCUGAAGAGGAAGCAGCCAAGGAGCCUGAGGAGGACCCCCAGCAGGCCCCACAGCUGUCUGCGAGUCACCAGGACAGCAAAGACAGCAAAGCAUCUGCAAGAGAAACAGCCGUUGAAGAAAACACUAACCCUGCGAGUGGAGAGGAGGCUCCCCUGACAGAGCCCCUGGAUGUGGCAGGCGGCAGCGUCUCCUCCCAGGCACAGGAGUCCUUGCCGGCAGCCGCUGCGGAAGCAGGAGGAGAGGAGCUUCUGAAGAAGGACCAGGCAGAGGCCGAGCCAGAAGCCAAGGUGGAGGCUCAGGAGCUGAUGCUGUGGUGUGCAGAGUCUGAAGAGCACAACAUCACCGGCGUGGAGGAAGUAUUUGACAUCCUGCCUCUGUACGGAAUGCUGCACCCCAACGAGACCCAGGAGAUGUCCUUCACGUUCUACGGCCACGCCGACAUUGUUGCCCGCGUCAAAGCACUCUGUGAAGUGGAGGGGGGCCCCACCUACGAGAUGCUGCUGCGUGGCGAGGCCUCCCUUGUGAGCUACGCCUUCGACAGGAAGGAGAUUGACUACGGGCUCCAGUUAUUUGACAACGUGAGUGAGGCUGAGAUUACGCUGCGGAACACAGGAAAAGUGGCAUUCGAGUUCUCUGUCCUGGACGCCAUUUCCGCUUCGGCCAACAACCCUCCGCCUGGCGUGCCACUGACUCUGCCUGUUGCUGGUCAUAUUGAAUCUGAGAAGGAGCAGAUGCUGAAGGUCUACUAUUUGCCUGGAGUGCCGGAGGUCUUCCAAAGGACCUUCCGGAUCCAGGUGGCCCACCUGGAACCAGACAGCAUCACUCUGAAAGGAGAAGGCAUCUUCCCCAGAAUCUGCCUGGAUCUACCCAGAAACAUCAGAGGGAAUGAACAGUACAGCAGCAUCCUCAGAGAGGCAAAGCAGCGGAUAGAACAGGAUCCACAGAAAGAUAUGCUCAGUAUCUCGGAGGCAGUGGCCCCAGAGGAUGACUCCAGCACGGUGCUUGACACCCAGCUGCAGAUGGAAAUGGAGAGGCUGCUUGUUCAAGAGCAUGCCCUGGAGCAGCAGAAGUUCCUAGCCUGUGACCACACGGAGGAUGCCGCUGCCAGCCAGAAAGCUCGCCGGAAACUUGUCAAAGCUCAACUACCUGAGUACAUCUUGGACUUUGGCUACAUCAUCCUGGGUACCAUCCGAACGCACAUUGUCAGGAUCACCAACACCAGCCCGUUCCCUGUGUCCUUCUACGCAGACAAGAGAGUCCUGCGGGACACAGGUUUCAAUACUGAACUGGACCGGGUGAAGAACCUGCCAUUCUGCGAGACAGAGACGUUUGAGGUGCUGUUCGACCCCCAGAGUGUCAACCGGCCCCUCGGAGAGGUGGCAGUGCUGCUGCCCAUCAAGGUCCUUGGGGGGCCGACAUUCCACACCUCCCUCCGCGCCGUGGUGAUCAUGCCGUCGCUGUGCAUGUCCAAUGACAGACUGGAGUUCUCCGACGUCCAGUGUGGGCAGUGCCAAGUGGAGACCAUCCAGCUUCACAAUCAGCUGCAAGUCGCAUGCGAGUGGUUGGCCACCAGCACGGAGCAAAUGAAGAAGGUGGACAAGCACAUGCCUAUGCCCUUGCGUCGGAAGAUGCGCAAAGAAUUAAGGAGCAAGCCCCAAGUCUUUGAGAUGAUACCCCCCUACGGGAUCCUGGCUCCCGGAGAGCGACUCAAUGUGCAGGUUAAGUUUGCACCACGAGAAGAGAAAUCCUAUCACCAUUCGCUGAGCCUGAGCAUUUCCCAGAGCACCCAGCAGCUGUCCCUGCAUGUCUCCGGGCAAGGUCUGGAGCCGCGCCUGGAGUUCAAUCCCUCCAUCCUGGAGCUGGGGCCCCUCCUGCCUCAUGCCAUCGGGGACGAGGCGGAAGUGGUGGUGAAGAAUCCGUGCAGCUUCCCCAUUGAGUUCUACUCCUUGGAGCUUGACCCGCAGUACCUGCUGGAAGAACGGAUUUUGCGCAUGUUGAAGGGCUACGAUAGCCAUAAUAUUCUUCUGUUGCCUCCUCGCAUCCCUGGGGAGAAGCUACCCCCUGAAAUCCUGGAAUAUUAUGAAGAACAGAAAAAGGUUCUGGGCGACCAGGAGGCCGUUCACCAAGACAACGAGGAAGAAGGAGACCAUCCGCACCCUCUGGCUUCUGAGCACGGAAUAAAGCCUCACCCUUCCAGCACUGGGCAAACCACUUCCACGGGCGGCGGCUCCAUUCUCCCUUCCCUCUCACAUCACGAAGACACCCGGGCUUUCCGGGUGGAAUCCCGAAUGGAGCAGGAGGAGGAGGAAGAGGAGGAGGGGACAGAGAGAGGGCCAGUGCCAGGCAGCCAGCACAGCAUGGGCAAGCAUAAGGAGGCUGUCGGAGAGCUGGACAACAAUCCGGUUUCCAGGGCCAUUGCCCGCCACCUGGGCAUCGACAUCUCUCCAGAAGGGCGGGCUGCCAGGAACCGCAGGGGCAUCGUCAUCAUGAUUCAUGGGGCCCCUCUUACAGGAAAGACCAGUGCGGCCGUCACCCUCGCCAAGCACUACAGCGCGGCCUGCCUGUCCAUUGACGCCGUGGUUCUGGAGGCCAUCUCGGACGGAAGCAGCCCAGCCGGGCUUUGCGCACGAGAGCUCUGCAUCCGAGCAGCCAUUGAGCAGGCACAGCGGGAGAACGAGGAGGCUGGAGCCGAAGGGCAGCCACCACUCACUCUGGGGACCAGGCUGAGCACAGAGGCCUUGGCCAAGCACGCCUCAGAAGGCAGCCAGCAGAGUCUGGAGUCCAAGGCGGGACCCACACUGUCGGUCAUCUCCAAAGGCUACCGGGGAAGUACAGCAACAGCCAAGGGCAAGUCUGAAGGUCACACGUCCCAGUCCCAGAAGCAACAGCAGCAUCAGCAGGAUCCUGGAUCCCAGAUCCCAUCCAGCCCCAUUCCCAGCGCUCCCGUCCAGCGGCGCCUGAGCCUCAGUGCCAGUGUGGGAGGAGACUAUGGCCUGAUGAGUUGCGUGCUUCCUGAGGAGCUCUUGGUGGAGAUUCUCUCUGAAAGGAUGCAGCUCAGUGACUGCUAUCGUGGCCUGGUGGUCGAUGGGCUGGAGACCAUGUUUGCCCGCAACAUGAGGUCGGCGCUGCUCUGCCUACUCCAAGCAAUCAACCACCGGCGCUACAUCUACUUUGUGAACCUUGUGCAGGAUUUUGCUGCCAUGAAGGCCAGAGAGAAAGCCAAGCAGGAGCAGGAAGAACGGGAGCAGCAGGAAGCUGCCGCCAGGGAGAAGGCUCGCCUCCAGGAGAUGGACGAAGAGGAGUAUGACACCCUCACGGAAGAACAGCGAGUCCAGUUUGAUGGCGAACUGCUGCAGGCCCUGCGGGAUCGGAAGAAGAGGGAGCUGGAGAGGCUGGCAAGGGAGCUGGAGGAGAGGAAGCACCAGCAGGAGCUGGAGCGCCAGCGAGAGGAGGAGGAGAUGAAGAAGAAGAGCAAGCGGUACAAGAGGGAUGCGGUAAAGGAGAAAGAGGACCCUGCGGGGAAGAAGGGCCAGCCGGGAGGCAAGCAGACUCUCCCGGUUGCUGUUUUGAAAUCUGACGGCCGGCUGAAUGAAGGGGUGGAGCGUAAAACGUCUGCCAGAGACCGUCCAGAGGUGAACGUCAAUGACAAGGAUGAGAAGAAGAAGAAGCAGAGCAAAAUGACCCUGCAGAAUGGCCAGCAAGGGGGCCUGUCCACUCAAGGCCUGGACGAGGAGGAAGCCGAGAAGGAGGUGAUGAGCGAGAGUGAGAAGACCCUGGCCCAGCGCUUCAAGCUCUACGAGGCCACCCAGAAGGACAUUGUCCAGCUCCUCUCAUGCUGGGACCGAGUUCAGCUGGUGCAGGUGCAGCCUCCGGGCUCUGAGGAGAAGCAGGAGGAAGCCGAGGACCAGCGGCAGGCUCCGUCUGGCCGCAAGGGCCGGAAGGACCGGGAAAGGGAGCGCCAGGAAAGGCUGGAGAAGGAGAGGGCCGAGAAGGAACGUCUCGAGAAAGAGAAAGCAGAAAAGGAGCGUCUGGAGAGGCUCAAGGCCAUAGAGGACAACCGAGGGGCCGGGCAGGAGGGCGAAGGGGGCGAAGGAGCAGACAAGGACAUUGGGGUCCCGUGCCUGGAAAUCCAUGUGCUGAGCUCGGAUGACUCCAGUGGCAAGAGGAUCCUGGAGAGUGGCAAGCUGCCCGAUGUAGACCAGAUCUUGGAUGGCUUAGGACUGGGUCCCUCAGGGCCUCCCAUCCCUCCUUCUGCCUUCUUCUCUGUGAUUCCAUACCCAGAAAAGCGGACGGCCCCAGCCCCAGGGGAGCCUCUCAAGCACUUUACCUUCAUCCUCCCUGAAGACCCGACUCAGGAGGAGGACAAGAAGGAAGCGGAGGUUGCUGUGGAGGCCGCCGUAAAUCUCCCCUCAGUGAAGGAGGAACAGAUCAUCACCCCAACUCGAGGCAGGUCCAAGAAGGAAAAGCCAGACCCCACUCGGGAGCUCUCGAAGGACAAGAAGGGCACGGCGCGUGGCAGGAAGGGCCCUCACCCCAGCCCCGGCACCAUGACAGCCCUCUCGGAGCUGGAUCAGGGCGGCCUGACAGGGGCGCCCUCGAGUGAGAAGCUGCUCAGGCUGAACAACUUCCGCUGGACCAUCCCUGCCAACGGAGACGUCACCAUUCGCCUCCAUUUCUCCUCCAACACCAUUGGGCUCUUUGACCAAGUCCUCAACUUUGAGAUCCUGGGAACUCGGCGGCAGUAUCAGGUUUACUGCAGGGGGGUCUGCACGUACCCCAGCAUCUGCCAAGACCCCACGAUAGUGUUUUCCCGCCAUAAGAAGAGCAUCAGGCCUGGCGAAAUAAUCUUCAGAAAGUACAUCGUGAGUCUGGGUGUGUUCCACUUCGGCCCUUUGCUCUGUGGGAAGUCGAGGGAAAGGUACAAGGCAGCCCGCUACCCCAACCACAUGGAGAAGAUCAACAUCCUCAACACCUCCCCCUUGGAUGCCGAGGUGCUUUUCUACUUCCAGCACGAUGCCAAGGCCAUCACUUACCUCUUGGACCCCCCCUCCAUGACGCUGAAGCCCAACGAGCAGCAGGAUCUGACGGUGUGGGCGUAUCCAACGGCCAGCGGCAUCUUUGAGGACAACAUUGUCUGCUGCAUUAAGGACAACCCAGAGCCGGCUGUCUUCCAGAUCUGCUGCCAGGGGGUCCGUCCUGAGCUGGAGCUGGACCGCAGACUGUUGCACUUUGAGAAGCUGCUGUUGCACAGAAAAGAAAGCCGGGUGCUCUUCCUGAAGAACAACACUCCGUUGCCUGUAGCCUGGAGGGUCAGUGGGCUGGAGAACAUCGGCGAGGACUUUACCAUGUCCGACGAUACAGGGGUGAUCGAGCCUUUCUCCGAGUACUGCCUGCAGGUGAAUUUCAAGGCCACCAAGGCUCUCAACAUGAAGAAGGCCAUUCGCCUGGAGGUUUCAGAUUCAGAAAACAUCCUGGGGAUUGUCCAGAUUGAAAAUAUACAAAUAAUUGCGGAGGCCUACGAUGUUGCCCUGGACAUCAGCUUCCCCAAAGGCACAAAUGGCGGCUUGGAGUUUGGGUCUGUCAAAGUCCUGGAUGAAGCGAAGCAGGUCCUGUCUCUGAAGAACAAAGGCAAAUACGAGAUUGGCUACAGCUUUGUUGUGGAGUCCUCAGACCCCGGGAUGGCCAACCUGAGCCCCCUCUUCUCCAUCCAGCCUCAGAAGGGGAAUUUGGGUCCCAACGACCGGCCCGCUCAGGUCCAGGUCACUUUUCGCUCCAGGAAGGAAGUGAAAGUUGACGACAAGCCUAUUCUGCAGUGCCACGUCAUCGAGCCCAACAUCUGCGAAGGAGGGGAGACCAUUGCCACCAUCCCCAUCCGGCUGUCUGUGCAGUCCAUGUUCGCCAAGUACAGCAUCACCCCUCCGGCGCUCAUCAGCUUUGGGCCUGUGGUGUACGGGUCGCGGAAGACCUCCAGCUUCACCAUUGAGAACAAAGGGCCGCUGGAGUUCAAGUACGGCAUGUUCAAGCUGUUCCGAGACACCGCCAUCCCCGCCCGGAAAGUAACCUCAACUCUCAAGAAGUCCCAUUCGCGGGAGACAGACCUCACCCGGCAGAACGUCUCACUCGGCCGACAAAGCAAGCGGGCAGAAUCUCUCCAGAGGGAAGUGAAUCUCGUCUCGCAGACCCGGUUCUCCCUCGGCAUGUUCAGCGUCUACCCUGGAUUUGGCUCCAUUGCCCCAGGAGGCCAUCAGACCAUCACUGUGGAUUGCUUUGCAGACCCCGUCGGGAAGUGUGAGGAAUACCUGAACAUUGAGAUCACCGACAGAGACCCCGAAGACAACCCCAGUGGCAUUACCUACACUCUGUUUGCAGAAGCCUGCCUCCCAGGUUUUGUGACUGAUGACGUGGGGACUAUUUUUGAGGAGCAUCGGAUCUGCAGCAGCAGCAGCCUCAGCCAGGUGCUCAGGACUGUAGGGUGCAAGACAGUGUUUGUGACUGACGAGAACAAAUUUAUCUUCAACAAUGUCCUGGUUGGGCAUCAGUUGGCAGCCCGGUUCAAGAUCUGCAAUCUGGGUCGAAUUCCCUGUGAUGUCUUUUUUGCCGUCAAGCCGAUCUCCACUAAGUCCACCCUCCGCCUGGCGGACAUCUUCGAGAUCCACCCUGUGCGGAUGUGCAUCUCCAGCCGCUCCCACGCCUUUGUGACGCUGACCUUCUCGCCGCAGACCAUGCAGAACUAUCAGUGCCUUUUUGAGGCUUCCAUUGAUGCACCUCCCAGUGUGGCUGCCAAAUCACGGAGCUUGUCAUUCGAGGUCUCUGGAGAUGGCAACCUCCCACGCAUCACCGUGGCCCGCCCCGUGCUCCGCAACAAGAAGGGACACCCGCUUCUCCUCUUCAGGAGGCUCCUGCUGGGCCAUUCCGAGAAGCUCCCGCUUGUCCUGCAGAACAGUGGCAACAUCCCGGUCCAGCUGCAUCUCGACAUGUCCGACGAGCACAGCGCCUUCACUGUCAAGCCCCGGCCCGGCACCCGCUGCACUUACGUCUCCCAGAGCGAGGGAGGCGAAGCCGGCGAGGGAGGAGGCAGGAAGCCCCACCUGGUCUCCCUGGCCCUGCGCAGCGGAGAUUCGGCGGAGCUGGAUGUGCUUUUCCACCCCAGCGCCAGCCAGCCCUAUGAGGAGCUGAUCCGCCUCUCGAUUGUGGACAACCAGUACGAGGAGACCAGCGUCCAGCUGGUGGGCGAGGGCUACCAGGACGACAUCACACUGGGCAACAUCCACAGCUUCGUGGAAGAGACGGACCUGGAGGGGCCCCUGGAAGAGGACGCCGAGGGUGACAGGGAGGGAGAAGCCGCCGCCACGGGCAGGGGCUCCGGGCGGAGGAGGAGCCCGAACCUGCCCCAACCCCGUCUGGAAGCUGCCAGGACGGAUCACAUCCAUUUUGGGGACUGCCACGUUGGGAGGCCCUAUCAGGCAACGUUCACCAUCACCAACCACAACAAGUCCGCCGCGAUGCGAUUUGAAUGGCCCACUUCGGGCCCGCUGCACUUCUCCCCACAGGUUGGCCAUCUCCACGCAGGAUGCACCAAAGAUGUCAUCCUGACCUUGAAAUCCAGCAUGCCCAUCACCCUCAAAGCUCACCCAGUCAAGUGCAAGGUGUCCAGGAUCUCCUUCCAGCUGCCUAAUGACCAAGUGCCUGACUGGGACGAUCGCCUCCGCACGGUCAAGUGGGUGGAUGUCUCCAAGAGCACCACAGCCACCCGUCCGAGUAAGAAGAAGGUGAUCGAGACAGACCCGGAGCCUGCCUACGUGGUUGCAGAAGACAGCGCUCGUGAGCUGGUGCUCCGGGCCAGUGCCACCCUUGACUAUGCCCAGUACAAAAUGGAGGUGGACACCGUGCACUUCAAGGAGACGCUGCUCCUCCAGACCCGGGUGUUCAAAGUGGAGCUGUCCAAUACAGGGAAUGUGCAGCUGGAAUACUCCUGGAGAGUGGUCAUGGAGGACAGCGGGAGGGCCGUCAACUUUGCCAAGGAACCCACCUCGACAAGCCCAGAAGGGGAGGCUCCUUCUCACGCCUCUGCUGCUUCCGUCAAGGUCCAGUCCAGCCGACCGCUCAGCCAGCUGGGGAGCAUGCUGGACAGCUUGUCUUCCUACCUGCUGCCAGCAGGCUCCCACCCGCCCUUCUCCAUGGAGCCCAGCAGCGGCACCAUCCCCCCUGGCAGCUCCCAGUUCCUCGGAGCGCAGUUCUCCCCCCUGGAACUGGGCGAGUUUGAGGGCCGCCUACUCUGCAGCAUUUCGAACCUGAAGCCUGACGAGGAGGGCCCUGUGGUGGCUGUGAAGGGGAAAAGCCUCAUGCCAUAUUGCCAUUUUGAUCUGGAAGACUCGGACUACAUCACCGCAAGCAGACGCGCUCCCGACCUGCGAGGCCCUGGCGGGGCACCCGUGGACCCAAGCACCAAAGUGAUUGAGUUCACUUCGGUGGGAGUGCGCAUCAGAAACACCAAGAGCUUUGCCAUCAUGAACCCCACCAAUGCCCCCUACUCUUUCCAAUGGACCUGUGACCAGGAGGAGGAAGGCCAAGAGCACACAGCCUUCAUCUGCUUUACAGAACGGGGCCAGCUCCAGCCAGAGAAGUCCGUGGAGGUCAUCUUUGAAUUCAUCCCCCAACAUCUGGACAACACAGAAUCCUUCUGGACAUUCUCCAUCCCUGAACACAACAUUGCAGUUCCAUUCCUCUUGGUGGGCCACACCACCGACCCCGCGGUGUCCCUGGACAGAUCCCACUUGAACUUCCAUUCGCUCUUGAUCGGACAUGAGGCUCGUGAGAGCGUUGAGAUGAUCAACGAAGAGAACAAGGCCUACCCUUUUGCCUUCAGAGAAGGCUCCCGUUUUUCAGAGGGGCGUAUAAAUUUUCUGAAGGUGCAGCCCAUGGAAGGCUCGAUCCCACCUUGUUCCAGGCUUCUGGUUAACAUCUUCUUCAUGCCAACACUGGAAGGGGAGGUCAACUUCAACUUGCUCUGCGAUGUCAAGUGGAGGAGUCAGCCUCUCUGCCUGAACGUCAAAGCCACCGGCCACACCAUGAAUGUCUCUGUGAAGUAUGAGAGAAACGAGAGCUUGUCUACGGAGCUGGACCCUGACCAGGUGAACAUCGUUGACUUCCAAGAGGUGCAAGUGAAUGAUUAUGCUCACUGUAAGUUCUUCAUCCUGAAUACUGGCAAAUUCAACUUCACCUUCUCCUGGGAGUUUUACAACGCCAAAGCCCUGCAGCGGUAUUUUGCCCUCUCCCCAAGCAACGGCGUGGUGGAGGCCGGAGAGCGAGCGGAGGUGGUGUUCUCCUUCCACCCGCUGAAGGCCUGCACCUUAAAGGAUCUGGAGCUCAAACUACAGAUCAGCCACGGCCCCACAUUCACUUGUGCACUGCAAGGCUCCGCCAUGGCUCCCAGCAUCCACUUCUCCCCCACCAAAGUCGACUUUGGAAACUGCUUCAUCUACCACGCUGGAAUGCCCAUCCCCAAGCGGACCCUCACGGUCACAAAUAAGGAUGGCAAAGAGGCCAGGCUGGAGUGCUUGUUCGCCAACACAGCUUUCCUCGAAGUGGCCUCCCACGGCACAGUGCUGAGUCCUGGAGGGAAGGCAGAGAUCCCCAUCACCUUCUUUCCCCGAGAGGCCAUUGCCUACCACGAAGCCGUCGCCUUUGAAAUCAACGGGCUCUCCCAGCGGAGUGUUGAGGUCUCUGGGAAGGGCAUUGAGCUGAAGAUUGAUGUUGUGGAGCCUCACAGCAAAGUGCUGAAGUUCGGAGCCAUCCCUCCAGGGCACGUGGCGAAGAAGACAGUCACCAUUGUGAACAACAGUGUCACCUUUGUCACCUUCAGCCUGAGCUUUGUAUCCUCUGUGCCUGAGUUGCAGGAGAUGAAGGUUCUCACCAUGUCUCCUUUCAGCGACAUAAUCCUGAAGCCCAAAGGAGGCUCCUGCCACGUGGAGGUGACUUUCUCCCCCAAGGGCCGCAUCCUGCACUUCACAGAGGAGGUCCUGAUUGAGUGCCAGGGGAUCCUGCGCUCCUUCUUUGUGGUGCAAGGCUGCUGCCAGGGCAUCGAAGUCAGCCUGGACCAAGAGCAUGUCCCCUUUGGAGCGGUGGUCCAGCGGAGCCAGGCCUCUCGGCGCAUCACCAUACACAACACGGGAGACGUGGGAGUGGGGUUUAAAUGGGACGCCAAACGCUUCAAGCCCGACUUCUCCAUCAAGCCCGUGGAAGGCUACAUUUCCGCCGGCAUGGACGUCUCCUUCGAAGUGACCUUCCACCCUUGCGAGCAGAGCCAGGACAUCCGCUACGAGAACCUGCGCUGCCAGAUCCAGGGCCGAGAGCCCCUGAAGCUCACCCUGAGCGGGUGCUGCGUGGGAGUCCCCCCCGUCAAGGAGGUGGUGAACUUCAUUUGCCAGGUGCGGGCCAAGCACAUACAGACCAUCAUGCUGUCCAACCGGACCAACCAGCCAUGGACCCUGCGGCCCAUCAUUGAGGGGGAGCAGUGGAAGGGACCCGAGUUUGUGAGGGUGGAAGCCCACCAGCAAAACAAGCCCUAUGAGAUUACAUACAGGCCCCUUGCCAUGAACGUGGAGGGCAAGAAGGACCAGGGAUCCAUCUUCUUCCCACUCCCAGAUGGGACAGGGUUGCUGUACCUCCUGCAGGGCACCACAGAGCCCCCCAAGUCUGCAGGGACCAUCAUCAGGGAAGUGCCAUGCAAAACGUCCUACACCGAGCUGUUCCCCAUCACCAACUGGCUACAUAAGCCCCAAAGGUUCCGGGUCACAGUUGACAUGCUCAAACCAGAGAAGCUGGAAGUCACCACCACACUGAAGACCCUGGACUAUGUGGACGUGCCGGCCUCUGCCAAGAAGGACCACAAGCUCACCUUCUUCUCUUACAGGGAAGGCAUGUACAGCGCCAAGGUGACCUUCCGCAAUGAAGCAACCCAGGAAUUCCUCUUCUACCUGAUCACAUUCAAAGCCAUCCCGUGUGGCCCGCUUGGCACCAUUGAGCUGGCCACAGCUGUCCGGCAAAGCACCUCCUCCUCUGUCAAAGUGGAAAACCCCCUGAACUCUGCGGUGACCUUUGGCACGGACUGCAAAGUGCCCGACAUCAACAUGCCCUCCCAGUUCAUCAUACCUGCUCAGUCCGAGGGGGCGCUGGUGUUUGAGUUCCAACCCAUGAGGCCCGGAGAGACCAGCGGGCGCCUGGCCCUCAACAGCCUUGAGCUGGGCUCCUUCCAGUAUGACCUGAUCCUGAGAGCCACCCCGGCCCGGCCAGAGAAGCCGCUCCACUUCAGCACCAUGCUGGGCGGCAGCCAGAACAUCCUCACCAAGUUCGUCAACUACACUCGCCAGAGGACCGAGUAUGCCACCAAGAUCGACUGCCCGGACUUCCACGUGGACAAAGUCAUAAGUGCGCCUGCAGGAUCCCAGGCGGGCACCGAAGUCAGCGUGGAGGUCACCUUUGAGCCUUGCCAGCUGGGAGAAUCCAGGGGCACCCUCCUCCUUUCCUCCCCCACAGGGGGCGACUACGUCAUUCCUCUCUUUGGCUCCUCAGUGGCCCCCCAGCCUCAGGGGCCCAUUCAGAUCAGGGCUGGCACCAGCACGACCAUCCCCUUCAAGAAUGUGUUCUUGCAGACCAUGUCCUUCACCUACCUCGUGGAGAGCCCGGCCUUCACCGUCAAGGCCGUGGAGAGCAUCCGCUCCAAGAAGUCCGCCUCCAUCACCGUCUCCUUCGAAGGGAACCCCACUGGGAGCAAAGCUGCUGUCACCAGCAAGCUGGUCGUCUCGUGCCCUCGGGCAGCAGGGCUGGGCUCCGGAGUCUGCUGGGUCUAUUAUCUCAAGGGGAUCGUGCCUGAGAAAUGAACUCGCGGUGACCCCCCCGCCCCCCCCCGCCUGCCCAUCUCCUUUGAGCAACGCCCUCCUCGAGGAUGGGCAGCCAGGGCAUUCCUGGCAUUGAGCCCCCACACAUUUCAGUCGAUAGGAGGGUCACGACUCCACUGUGCCUUUGGGAGAACAGAGGCCACCGAUUGCCAGCAUCCCUGGGGCCCGUUUGGAGGGCUACAGGCUGCGCUUUGCAGUGCUUAGGCAAAAGCAAGACAUCCAUCCAAAUAAACGCGGCUUCUCCCUCUGGAAGGAGGGCAGCAGGCCCCCUACCAGGAGUGUCCUUUCUGUGUUAAGAAUUUGUCCAAAGUAGAGAAGAUGAUCCACUGAGUGCAUUAAUAAAGGCAGCCUCCCACACCCCCCCCCCAUAUUUCCUGGAACUAUCCAGCAUGCCCUUGUGCCUUAAACCCAUGAUCAGAAACAGUGUUGCAUGUUACUUUUGAGAAAGCUCACUUGCUGCACAAGACUGGAUUCGGGAAUAAAGUUAUUAAACAAAA